AUGCCUACCAUACCAUACCCACCAGACGCAGAUAUGCUCCUUGCCAUGUCAAAUGGCAUAGCUGAGCAAGUUCGCAAAUAUACAGAUAUGCAGCGGGCUUAUCACGGCAGUUCUGGCGAUUUUUCCUCCGAACAAGGACAAAAGCUGCAGGAGCAAGCUGAAGUGGUAGCGCGAGAAUGUGGCAAACUUCAAGCCCUCAUCUCGGAACCCAAAGACUGGAUGGUGCAAGCCGCCUGGUCUUACUGCGAUAGCGUUGCUAUUUCCACCGUUAUCGAAAUGGGUAUCCCAACGCUGAUUAAACCUGACGGAAAAGGGGUAACCUUGUCAUAUCUUGCUAGCUGCACCAACGCAUCACCUGCUCUAAUCAAGAGAAUCAUGCGAAUAUGUCUGAACAGAGUCGAUGAUGGCUUGCUCUGUGGCGCCUACCUCGCACGCACCGCUUGUCAGGCCGCUUUUAAAAUCUCGGACAAUCCUACGGAAGCCGCAUUCGGCAUAGCAUUCCAGACCAAACUCUCCCUUUACGAGUAUUACCACUCUGUUGACACCGAGCGCGGCCGCCGCUUCUCACGUGCGAUGGCCGGCCAUUAUGAUGGGCCGUUGGACAUGCCGAUUGAGUUAAUCUACCCGUUUGAUUACCUCCCGAACGGGUCUACACUUGUUGAUAUCGGGGGCGGCAAUGGCCAGAACACGAUCCGCCUAGUCGUCUCGUAUCCUCAGCUCUCCGCUGUUGUGCAAGACCACGUCAGUGUCAUAUCCAUUGCUGAAAAAAAGGUUAAGCAACAAUAUGACGAGAAGAUAGCGGGGCGGAUUACCUGGGAGGCGCAUGACUACUACGCCCAGCAGCCUCAAAAAGGAGCUGAUAUCUACCUGUUGAGCCACGUCUUGAUGGACAAUAGUGAUGAAAACUGUGUGAAGAUGAUCCGAGAAAUUGCGCAAGUCAUGGACCCAGCCAGGUCCAGGCUGCUGAUCCACGACUUUGUGGAUCUUCCGAGAGCCGUUGGGGAUCGUCCUCGCUUACUUGACAUGCUAGAUAUUCACAUGAUUGCAAGCCUCAACACUUAUUCCCGUAGCGAGGUGGAAUUUGACCACCUGAUUGGGCGUGCUGCUGGCGACCGGGGCUUGGUCAGAUAUAAGACAUGGCAGGGAAAAGGAGGAUCGGCGGUGCUCGAGCUGCGCCUCCAGUCCACUUCUGAAUCCGCUAGUUAA